GCUUUAAGCAAUGUUUGACCAGAACCAUAGAGCUUCAACAUCUUGGAUAGCUGCAUUUCCCAAGGAAAAUUGAAAAUAAAUCAAAUAGCAUAACGCAGAGAGAGCAUAGAUAACAUCGGCAAUUCGGCAUUCCAAUCAAACUAGUAUUAACGCCUCUCUCUCUCUCUCACGUUUCCGGCCACUCUGUGUUGCCGUCGUCGUCGGCUUGCCCAACCCCCUCAUCUCCCAAUCUCCCUCAUCACGUGUCGCCGCCUUCGCUCAGCCCCCUGUGGCCCCGAUUCGUCCCCCCUUCUCAAUCCUUGGCGCCUGCGUCUGCAACAGCGUUUAUUCCUCUUCACUUCAUCAUCUCGACCGAUUUGCUGCCAACGCCGUCGAACCAACACAAGUUUUCUGCAACAAAAAAAGAGAAGAUUUUUCGAAAAAAUAGGACAUAAGAGUUACAAAUCUAAAAUUGCACAAUGGAAAGAUGAAAAAUUAGCAGAUAAUGAUAAUCUAUUUAUAGAGCCGCUUGACGCUUGUUUAGACUUUCGUGAACAAUCAAGAAAGGAGAGAAAGAAGCAAACUUUGGAGAUGGGCAUGUUUGAUUUGGAGGAGCAGUUUGCUUUCUAUGGAGCUUAUCACAACAACCCCAUAAACAUAGCUUUCCACAUGGUCUUUGUUUGGCCAAUCUUGUUUACAGCACUGCUUCUUUUGAAUUUCUCCCCGCCUUUAUUCACUCAGUCGCCGAUUCAUUUGUUGGGUCAGAGUUUCUUGGUCCUCAAUUACGGCUUCUUGCUCACUGUGAUUUAUGCUCUGUAUUAUUUGAGUUUGGACAAAAAAGCAGGUUCUUUAGCUGCCUUGUUGUGCUUCUUGUGUUGGGCUGGAAGCAGUGCUCUCGGUCUUCGCCUCGGCUUCUCUUUGGGUUGGAAGGUGGUUCUGGCAUCUCAGUUAAUCUGCUGGACUGGACAGUUCAUAGGGCAUGGCGUGUUUGAGAAACGAGCACCUGCGCUGUUGGACAACCUCGCUCAAGCAUUCCUCAUGGCACCAUUCUUUGUACUGCUAGAGGCUUUGCAGUAUGCAUUCGACUACGAGCCUACCCCAGGUUUUCACUUCAGAGUCCAAGCCAAAGUUGAUGCCGAAAUCAAGGCUUGGAAGGAAUCGAAAAAUAAGAAAAUUUCUUAAUUUUGAUUUACUUGCUCCAACCUUAUUUAUAUUUAUAUGCUCACUUACUGAAAAUGUGAUCAAACUAUGUAUGUCAGACACGCCCAAUAAUUUGAUCUGUUGUACCUCUAUUACAUUUGGUCAUUCAAGUUCAAAAAUCAAUGUUCAAAAA